ACUACUUUUGACUGUCUUAACUUGUACACUGGCUAACCAUCACAAGAAGUAGUGAUCUACGUAUUAUAGGCGCUGAAGCUAGUUAGGUGGAAGCUUCUUCUGAACUAUCUGAAAUAUCAGUAGUUCCACAUAUUGGAUAGUAAGGAGAGCGGCUUGAUCAUCAGGUGCGUUACAAAUAGUGGUUAUGGCGGUUGUUGCACACAAUGGAGUUCCUCCUACAAGGUUCAUUGAUGGGAUAGAUGCGAAUAGCGAAGAUUACAUUCGGGAACUACUCAGGCCCCCAGUCAUUAAAGAGGAUGUAAAGUUAAUGCAGGAACGCAGUCGAGUUUCUCUCAUUUUACGGUCUGCAUAUUUUCGUAAAGAGUUGGAAAAAAUAGUUGCCUCCUCCUUGAAGUCCGGAUGUUUGAAUGCCAAUGUUCUUGCUCUCAAACAGAUAAUUGAUUACUUAACACCCCAAACACGGCUUGGAUCUUCUGCUUUCACAAGAGGCGCCACAGUUCCUGUAGUACCGAUUAAUGAUUUACGUACUGUUCAGCUGGGUAACUAUGUCAAGGGAGAGCGUCUUACGCGAUGUAAACUGGCAUCUGUUUAUCGACUGGUUGACAUAUUUGGAUGGAAUACUGGGAUAAAUAAUCAUAUUACGGCUCGUAUUGCCAAAGACGCUGAUGAGUAUCUUAUAAAUCCAAUUGGUCUGUUAUACAAUGAAGUGACUGCGUCUUCGCUUGUUAAAAUCAACCUCGAAGGAUCUAUUUUGGUUCAAGGUUCUAUUGGUCUAGGCAUUGAUAAACAAAGCUGGAUGUUGCAUGCAGCUGUUCAUAGUGCUAGACCGGAUGUAAGAUGCAUUAUUCACCUGAGCACUCCAGCUGCAGUCGCAGUUUCAUGCACGAAUGCAGGUCUACUACCAAUUAGUCAGGAGGCUAUGAUUUUGGGUGAGACAGCUGUAUACGAUCCGUUGAUUGUUUUGAAUAAUAAUAAUAAUACACAUCAAAAUAAUGGAGAUUUAGAUGCUCAUAGAGAACGUCAAUUUAAUGAACAAUUGGCUGAGGUAGCCAGGAUAUUUUCGGAGAAAUCUACUAAUUGCAUGGUUCUAUUGGUUCGUAGUUACGGUGUGUUAGCAAUGGGGCAGUCAAUCGAAGAAGCUUGGUUUACUGCUUUUACAUCUAUGUUAGCUUGUGAAGCACAGCUACGUUUGGCGAGUAUUAGCGUGGAUGAAUUGGUUAUUCCUACUAAAGAAGCGCAAGAAGCUGCUCAUUCAGUAGGUCGUACUCCUAGUGCUGUUCAACUCCGAGUUGGUGAAGUUACUGGUAGUUCAGGUUGGAGGCGGGGUGAGCUUGAAUUUGAAGCACUGAUGCGCAGGUUAGAUGCUGCUGGGUAUCGUACAGGUUACGUAUAUAGACUAAGUCAAAUUCGUCAGGGUUCAACUGCUGCAUCAACUCUCCAACGUCAACCAACUGAUUUUGUAGAUACUGCUUCAAUCCAACCGUCAACAAUGUCUCCUCGUGACGCCGCCGCCCAUGUUCGUCGCUCAGCUAGUCUCGGCCGUGGUCUUCGUGGUCUAAAAGACGUAGAAAUACCGCCUACAGUGUCUUCUUUUGCUACUUCUUAUUAUGGAGACGAGGAAAGCAGAGCUGCAGCUGUCGCGGAAAUGAAGGCCAAAACACUUUCACUUUCACGAGCUCAUUGGUUGAGUACACCAAAUGCAUAUCUUCGUGAAGAGAUUGAAGAGAUAGGAACUCCGAAUCCCAAGAAGAUUACACACUGGACAGAGGGAACAGAUCUUAAUAAAACUCGUACUGGUGGAAUGGCUAUGCCAUUGGUUGAUCCUAAUCAGUUUGCUCUACAAGGCUCAGAUCCUCAGGAGUUUAAAAAUCAACAGAGAAAGGUUAAAGAUAAGUACUACAAAGAGGUGAGGUCUGCUGGACCAAAAUCUCGAAUUUUACAAGGCAUCGAUCUAGAUGAUGAAGGAGAUGAAACUGAUGGUGGCUCUGCAUCACCUAAACUUGUUAGUCCCAGAGGUACAUUGCUUCGUCUGGAUCCUUCGAAUCCACCUUCUCUUGAACCUGGACAUGUUGUUGUAGUUGGAGCUGCCAGUAAAGGUAUUAUCAACCGUAAUCAAAGACAUAAUGCUGGGGUUUAUCAGUCUGUAUACUCUCCGAAUCCAUUCGAUAGAAUGACAGAUGAAGAUCUUGAACGAUACAAAGAGAAUAUUGAGCGCAAAGCUAAAGGUUUACCAUCACUGGAAGAGGAGGAAGCAAGAGCUCGCAUAGAAGAAGCUCGUCAAGCUGCGGUAGUGGCACGCGAAGCAAUGGAAGCAGCUUCUCAGAUGAAAACAGGACAAAGGUAUCAUGAAGAAAGCGGUUUGGAUGUAAGUCGAAUCCAAACAAUUCGGUCGGAUACUAGUGGAGCUGAAGCUAGUCAUGAUGAUACUGAGAAAGAGGUUAGCCUUUUUUUUUUACUAUAUGACAUAGGUAAUACUUAUACAUGGAUGAAAUUUGUUGUAGAUAUUGAAUUUUUUUUCAUAUCAGUUCUGCCAAUUGGUUAUUCAUUGAAGUGUGAUGGAUCCAGUGAAAGUGUAUACUUUACUGUUAUUCAGUGAAUUCAUUUAGCGCAGUUUAGUAAAUGGAUACACUAUGAACGCUCAUCGAAACAGCUAGUGGAAUAAGCAAUUCAAUAAACGAUGCUAUUCGGUCAUUUAUGCAAUUUUUAAGACUUCUGUUUGUUCGGUUGAAAAGAAGUUUAUGUAGGAGCGAAGUGACCUUUUGUGUUAGAUUCGGGAAAAAAACUAGCCGACUAUAACAUCCACAUCUGCAUAGGAGCCCAUCUACUAACAAGCAUCGAACGAUUCGAUUCAGUAUAGCAAUGGAAGACUACAAGUAUGAAACAGCAUGUUGAAUAUUCCCAGCUAACAAUAGAAAGUGAAGUGAGUAACGUAGAAGUCAGACAUAGAGUUUUAGGCAGGAGAAAUAAGACAGUUGAUGCUGUUGGGAACCUCCAUCAAGUGAGAUAUCUGGGACAUGUGUUACAUAUGCCUCGUCGCACAAUGUUGGAUGAAGUAGUUUCAGGUUGGGAAAUGGCUCGGGGCUGCCAGGAUAAAACGGGCAUCACUGCAUGAACUCCUUGACUGUUCGUUUGAGCCAUGUAGGGCAAUGCAGACUAGCCAGUUCGGGUCCGCUGAACAAGAGAAACCAGUGAUUUGCUCAGAUGCAUACACAUAUUAUCCUCAUCUUAAUCGCUAUACUUAAUCUCACCAUCUUAUUCUUCCUUCCUGUCUUUUACUACUUUCUACUUCUACUUCCUUUGACCAAUUUUCCUUUCCUUGAUCUUCUACUUUAUUGCCUCGUUACUUGAUGUGUUGGUAUGAAGUUUAGCAACUUGGACCGUUACGUAACAAUGCCUAGUCCUAUGUCGAUCAUGGUGAUGAGGAUGAAUAGAUUUCACUACUUUUUUCUGAGUAAAAUUCUUUGUCUAACCAGUUUCCGAAGUGACUGUAUUAUCUGUGUAUGCAUUUUCACUUUCCAUAUGUAGACUAGAAAAGAUGAUAGUAGUAUAACAGAAAAGAAGAAGAAGCGUCGAUUCAAAAUGCCAUCAUUCGCUCGAAAAUCCAAAACGAAGGAGAUCAAGGAGAAGAAAUAGUUUUUAUUUCUUUUCGAUAUUUAUACUACUUUCUGAUAUAUAAGUAGACAUAUUAUUAAUUUCGAUUUUUCAGUUGUCCAAGCAUCUGCAUAAACUAAAUCUGGCUUGGACUAGUAAAUCUUUCGCUUUAAUCGCUUUCUACAACAAAUCACUGUACUCACCUUUUUGUUGACUUAUUUGUUAUGAUUAUUAUUCAUUUGCAUAUAGUUGGUUGAUUCGCAUCUGUGUUGAACAUGCUUUGUCUGUUAUCUGCUUGUGAUAUAGUUUUGACUUAUAAUUUCACCCUCAAGUAAGAUAAUGUGUUUCCUCAUAUCUAAUCUGUGAAUGUUAGUCUUCAAGUUAAUAUAUCAAAUUUAUGAGCUCUUGGCCUACUACUUAUUGCCUAAUGAAUUUGACAGAUACGGUAUCUAAUAGAUAAGAGUAGUUCCUUUUCGCAUUGGUCCGCUUUAUUUCUUCAUUAGAUUACUUUUGCCUAUUAAGAAUUUCGCUUAAUUCGUUCUUACAACAAGUAAAUAAAUUUUAAUUCAC